UUGGUUCUCAUUCACAACCACAAGGAAUCAGUAAUAGUGUUACUCAAGUGGAUUCAACCCGAACCAUUAUGGCUAGUUCACAACCUCAUCCUGUCAUUGAUAUGGUCUGGCCUUCAAGAGGAACAAGGCAUAGUGCUUCUCUAGUAAUUUCACCUCAAGAGGGUGGUUCUGGUGGUGGCCCUCCCGAAAACAUUUAUGGUACCGAGGAAUGCUUCAUGGGUUGUAUAGAGGCUCUUAAGAAGGAGAAUAGGAGAGUUAUAAGAGCAAUUUCCAUGCAUGUAAACAAAUACCUUAAAGCCAGUGUUCUUAGUAAGAAGCAGAUUUCAGUGCCAGAAUUGCAUGGCGACGACAACAUGGUGGUGGAUUCAUUGUCGUCAGGAAUGAUCGGCAAGCUUCGUGAAAGUGUACAAAAGAUGGUGUCAGACGGAUUUGUGAAGGAAUGCUUGCACGUGUACAGUAAUUGGCGGAGGGAGUUUUUGAAAGAGAGUCUCCGGGAAUUAGGGUUGCAAGAUCAAGAGCUCAACAGGGAGGACAUUAACAAGUCGGAGAAGAUUGAGAGGUUGAUAAAAGCUAUGAAAAUAACUGCGAGGAUACUCUUUCCCAAUGAAAAAAGACUCUUCAUUCGUGUCUUUAGCGGCUCCAUUCGCAAUGGGGAGUUUCAUUUCAGGGAACUUUGCACGGAAUUGGUUACUGGUCUGCUGAACUCAUCCCUUGCCUUGGCAACUUGGAGCCAUUUCAUGCGCAACACAUUGCAGGAGUUGAUACAAGAUUUUUUAUCAUUUACAUCAGGUAGAAAUAUUGUCGUGCCCCUGAUAAGGCGGAGAUUGUGCAUUUAUGAGGCUUUGGAAGAUCUAUCACUCAUUCCCGGUGGCGGAAUUCAUCCUAUUACCCACGCAGUGAUGUACUAUAUUUAUUCUAUCAACAGAAAUAGGGAAAUUAGUAAACUUAACCAAGAUUUGAAAGAGGGAAAGAUUCCAUCAUCUGUGCACAUGGCUAGGGUGAGAAUUCUGUUAGAGAGUAAGUCCAAAUAUGGUAAUAAGCUUACACUGAUGUACUACAUUAAAUCUCUAAAUCGGGAGAGUAAAUUUGGACAAGGUUUAGAAGAUGAAAUGCUUUCACCUGUUUACCUGGACAGGAUGACAGAGCUUUUAGAGAGCUGUUUGGUAGCCAACUCAAAAAAUUUCAAAAACCCUUCUUUGGGUCAUGUUUUCAUCAUGAAUAAUCGGAGAUUCAUAGAAGUAGAGACAAAACUACAUGGACUGGGACCUUUUUUUGGAGAUGACUGGCUCCACAAAAACACAACAAAGAUCCAAGAAAACCGUGAGUUCUAUCUUAGAAGCUCAUGGAAUAAGAUUGUGGACCUUUUGAAGGUAGACAUCAAUCAACUAGAGACUAGUGUUGUAGCCGAGGUGAUGAAAGACAACCUUUAUUGGUUCAACGAACUCUUUGAUGAGGCAUGCAACAUUCAGUCUGCAUGGUCUGUCAGUGAUGAGGAGCUAAGGGAACAAAUAAUAGAAUCCAUAGAAAACAUGCUGUUGCCAGCAUAUGGAAGUUUCCUUGGUACAUUUGAGGAAUUUGUUGGGAAGCAUGCUUAUAUAUACAUUAAGUACGGAAUGUUUGAGGUUCAAGAUCGACUCAGCAAAUUGUUUCUUUUAAGGGAGUAGAUGAAUCUGUUGCUGA